CGCGCUCAGCCCGGCCGGUCCUCGUCGUCGCCGUUCGGCCGCCGCUUGCCCUCGGCUGUCUGCGGGCGCCGGCGCGGGGCGGGAGCAGAGUCGCUGCAGUCUCAGACCAUGAAUUACGUGGGGCAGCUGGCCGGGCAGGUGAUUGUCACUGUGAAGGAGCUCUACAAGGGCAUUAACCAGGCCACGCUGUCCGGCUGCAUCGACGUCGUGGUGGUGCGGCAGCAGGACGGCUCCUACCAGUGCUCGCCCUUCCACGUGCGCUUCGGGAAGCUGGGCGUCCUGCGCUCCAAAGAGAAAGUGAUUGACAUAGAAAUCAAUGGCGAUGCAGUGGAUCUUCACAUGAAAUUGGGUGACAAUGGGGAGGCUUUCUUUGUGGAGGAGACCGAAGAGGAAUAUGAAGGACUUCCUGCCUACCUCGCCACCUCACCAAUCCCUACUGAACAUCAGUUCUUUACAGAUAUUGACCCCCCUUUGGUGAAACCAGGUGGAAGUGAAAGACCAUCUCAGAGUUCAGAUGUCUCCCACAUUCUGGAAACAGAGACAGUUUUCACCCCCAGUUCUGUGAAAAAGAAAAAGCGAAGGAGGAAGAAAUGCAAGCAGGACAGUAAGAAGGAGGAGCAGGCGGCUUCCCCUGCAGAAGCCGCCGCGGGCGCGGAGCUGAGCUCGGACGACGACAAGGCGGCCCAGGCAGCACGAGGAUCUUCAAAUGCUUCCUUAAAGGAAGAAGAAUAUAAGGAGCCUCUGCUUUUCCAUUCUGGAGACCACUACCCCUUAUCUGAUGGAGAUUGGUCCCCCUUAGACAACCCCUACUCCCCGGCGGCGUGUCCUAAGAGCGACUCAGAGCUGGAGGUGAAACCCGCCGGGAGCCUGCUCAGAUCCGAGUCCCACAUGGAGUGGACGUGGGGAGGGUUCCCAGAGUCCACCAAGGUCAGCAAAAGAGAGAGAUCUAGGACAGCUAUGAUUACUCCAUCAGAAAAUACCCAUUUUCGGGUAAUUCCCAGCGAGGACAACCUCCUAAGUGAAGUUGAGAAGGAUGCUUCUGUGGGGGAGACGGUCUGUACCAUCGUGAAGCCCAAGCCCCGGGCCCCAGGGAAGCAGAGGAGUGGAGCAGCCUUGGCAUCAGGGCCUCGGGAGCCCCCCGAGGGGUCAGACGCCCACCACCCUCCUCCCCCGUCCUUCGCCGAGGCACCCUCAGAAGCUAAACCAGCCGCUAAAGUCGACUCACCCUCAAAGAAAAGAGGGCCCAGGAUUAUUCACGUGAGAGCAGGUGAAAGAAUGCGUGACUCAGCGCGUGUUUAUUGGGCGGCUGUCAGGAGUGCGACCCUGACGCCCUCUUCCAUUCGCAUGGAUGCUGAGAACCCACACAGGGAAAGAGGUGUCCACAAGAGAAGCCAACACCAGGGACCUGAUGAUAUUUACCUGGAUGACCUAAAGGCACUAGAACCUGAGGUUGCAGCUCUCUAUUUCCCCAAAAGCGAGUCGGAGCCCGGCUCCAGGCAGUGGCCCGAGGCCGACACGCUCUCUGGCUCCCAGUCCCCACAGUCUGUGGGCAGCGCGGCUGCCGACAGCGGCACCGAGUGCCUCUCGGACUCUGCCAUGGACCUGCCCGACGUCACCCUGUCCCUCUGCGGCGGCCUCAGUGAGAACGGAGAGAUUUCUAAAGAGAAAUUUAUGGAGCAUAUCAUUACUUACCAUGAAUUUGCAGAAAACCCUGGACUUAUAGACAAUCCCAACCUUGUAAUACGGAUAUAUAACCGGUACUACAACUGGGCGCUGGCGGCUCCCAUGAUCCUCAGCCUGCAGGUCUUCCAGAAGAGCUUACCUAAGGCCACAGUUGAGUCCUGGGUCAAAGAUAAGAUGCCAAAGAAAUCUGGUCGCUGGUGGUUUUGGCGUAAGAGAGAGAGCAUAACCAAACAGCUGCCAGAGACCAAGGAAGGGAAAUCGGAGGAGCCGCCACCCAUAGACCGGCCGUCGAGCGCGAAGGAGCCGGCCAGUGGCAGGCCGGCUGAGGAAGACUCAUCGAGUGACGAGGGGUCCCAGGAGCUGGAAGAAUCCAUCCAAGUGGACCCCAUCCCUACGGAGCCGCCGAGCCACAGCAGCACCACCUCCUAUAAGAAGUCUCUUCGUCUGUCCUCAGACCAGAUCGCAAAACUGAAGCUCCAAGACGGCCCAAAUGACGUCGUGUUUAGCAUUACAACCCAGUAUCAAGGCACCUGCCGCUGUGCGGGGACCAUUUACCUGUGGGACUGGAACGACAAGGUCAUCAUUUCUGACAUCGACGGGACGAUAACCAAGUCUGAUGCUUUAGGACAGAUCCUUCCACAGCUGGGUAAAGACUGGACUCAUCAGGGUAUCGCAAAGCUCUACCAUUCCAUCAACGAGAAUGGCUACAAGUUCCUAUACUGCUCCGCCCGCGCCAUCGGCAUGGCCGACAUGACCCGCGGCUACCUGCACUGGGUCAACGACAAGGGCACGAUCCUGCCCCGCGGCCCCCUGAUGCUGUCCCCCAGCAGCCUGUUCUCCGCCUUCCACAGGGAAGUAAUAGAAAAGAAACCAGAGAAGUUCAAAAUUGAGUGUCUAAAUGAUAUCAAGAAUCUCUUUGCCCCGUCUAAGCAGCCCUUCUAUGCGGCCUUUGGAAACCGUCCAAAUGAUGUCUACGCUUACACACAAGUUGGAGUUCCAGACUGCAGGAUCUUCACCGUGAACCCCAAGGGUGAGCUGAUACAAGAAAGGACCAAAGGAAACAAGUCAUCGUAUCACAGACUGAGCGAGCUCGUGGAACACGUGUUCCCACUUCUCAACAAGGAACAGAACUCUGCCUUUCCCUGCCCGGAGUUCAGCUCCUUCUGCUACUGGCGAGACCCGAUCCCUGAGGUGGACCUGGACGACCUGGCCUGAGGCCGCACCUCCAGCAGGAGGCCCUCCGUCGCUCACCUCGCAGCAAGGGAAGGUGACCAGCCCUUCUGCUGGACAGAGGACAUGGGGUCCCCUCCCGGCCGCAGGUGUGGGACAAGACGUGCCGACAGUCGGGCACCAGCAGGGACGGGAAAGCUGCUGGGGCUGGACCGCCUUCCCCCUUCCCCCUCCCGGGCCCUGAGGGGCUGCUGUGGGGUGCCGCGGCCAGAGCCGCGAGGGGAGCUUGGCCCUGAGGACGGAGGCCUGGGCUCCUGUCACUGGCCAGUCCUCCCACGCGCUCUGUGUUGUGUGCUGGGUGCUCCUUUAAUUGCAUAAUUUAAAAAGAAGAAAAAAGAAGCUAAGAGUGGACCAAAACGUUGCACAAAGUAAAGUAUUCUAAUUUCCA